AUGCCUCAGAAGUACAUUCGCUGUGCCAAGAGUGAUUUUAGCAGCUACAAUGUGACAGAGCCACCAAUUGAUGCUCCUAGAGAUCCAUUGUAUAAGUCUGAGCGGGACGUUUUAAAGGUUUACUUGACAAAGCAUUACAGGAAUCGGAGGUUGGGCGACCCUGAUUUUGUUCUGGAUUUUGAGGAGAUUUAUGUGAUUGAUUCCAAAACAAAAUCUAUUAGCAGAGCAAAAGUUCUGGUCAGUGUUCCAGGGGGAAGAAGCAGAGAUAGAAGGCAUGACCUGCUUGUAAUACGUGAUAAUGGCAACUCCUUCAGAAUAAUUCAUGGGAGUGAAAAGGAUGAUCCCACCACAGUGAUAGAGAGGGAAGAGUGGAAUAAGACCAGACAGGACAUGGAGAGGCAUCUUAGCAAGCUACGGGACUUCAGCGUUUCAAAUUGGUUCUAG